AUGAAAGGUUGGCCGUCCGAGGUUUUUACUUCAGCUGUCAACUCAGACUUUAUGCAAGACACAGCCGGAACAGUCGUUGCUGGUAUCGAUCUUAUCACGAGUAUCCUGAUCGUAAAAUUAAUCUAUUUUUUGCGCAACCAAGCCGAGGUCUAUUGCCUCUGGAAAGUGAGAGUCGACGAAGAAGGUCUUGGUAGAACCCGCACUUGUCUGGAGCUCCUUGAUGAAGCUUUCAUCCUAAUACGAAAAGUGAUCAAGCAAAACACUAAGAAUGAUCAAAAUACGAAGAGUGAUUGGUUGGAAUUGAAUGAUUAUCAAGCUGUCAACCGUGUUAAUCCUGCCAAUAUUGGUGGCAAAGACAAGCAACAGAUGUUUUCAUUGACGGUUCGAGGUACGUACCCAUUACAACCAUUAUUCGGUCUACAAGGUGCUGCCGAGAGAUUUGAGACUGAAUACAUAUAUGUACAGGAGCCAAAUGGUCAGAACCUCAACUCACUGUUGUCAACUUAA